UUGGCGCCAAAAUUCCCGUGGUUGGACGUGCUACUCAAAAAAGAAGCGCCAUCCCAGCCUGGAGAAAAAGAAUUGAGGAACCGUAUCGCAAAGGCAAGGGCCCUUAUCGGCAGACUGACAAGCUUCAGGUCGGGUAAUAAUAGACCGAGAGUUGUGCGCACCGUUAGAAUGGCGUUUGCUGGGACAAAUUUUAGUUUGUCCCAGCCGGAUAUCACGCAAAAACUAACGGAGCGCAUAGAUGACCUGAAGCAAAAAAUCGCUGCUUGGGGGAAGCGGAUUCGACGAUUUAGCGAGAGGUCAAGGCGGUUCAACCAGAAUCGUCUCUUCCAGAGUGAUCAGAAGAGGCUCUAUAAAUCAUUGGAGCGACCAGAGGUAUGUGGAGUGGGCCCAGGACCGGAUCAGGCUGACACUGUCGCAUUUUGGCGUGGCCUGUGGUCAGAGCCCGUAAACCACAGCGAGGGCCCUUGGAUGGAAGUUGUGGCGAGCCAGAGUACAAGUGUUACGCCUAUGGACCCCGACAUGGGGGACCAUAACGCCUGA